AUGCUAAGGGAGUCUUUACUACUAGAUCUGCUUAUGUCCAGGCUAUUGAAUGGCUACAUUCGAUCUCCUGCUUCUGCAUCAGGUGGUUCAGAGGUAUCUAGUAUUUGGAAAAGUAUUUGGGCAGCUAAUGUUCCAGGGCUGCGCCGUAAGGCAGCUCGAGAGGCUAGGCCGUGGUCACCUCCUCCAAUUGGGUGGGUGAAGGCUAACCUAGAUGGUGCUUUUGAUCAGUAUACUAAUUGUGGGGGCCUUGGAGUGAUAAUUCAUGACUCUUCAGGUUUAAUUAUGGGAGGUUGUUGCAGGAAAGUGUCUAAUGUCACAACCCCUGCUAUGGUGGAAGCGUUUGCUGCUAGAUUGGCUUGUCAGUUUGCUGUGAGUAAUAGCUUGGCUCCAAUUAUUUUUGAAACUGAUUGCCAAAAAUUGGUUAAGGAUAUCAUGUCCGAUGAGGAGGAUGCUUCUGGGUAUGGGAGGAUUGUGGAAGAUAUUUCUUUUUUCCAAGCUUCUUUACCGAGUUCUUCAUUUACUCAUGUCUUUAGAGAGUCUAAUUCAGCUGCGCAUAUGUUAGCUAAGUUAGCUCUUAAUUCUAGUCUAGAUUUAGCUUGGAGUGGUCAGAUUCCCUCUCGCAUCAGCAACUAUGUUGCUAACCAUUGUAUGAAUUAA